AUGACAUCCGAGUUGGCCGAUGAGGAGGAACUCAUUCGAUCGACCUUCCCCGUUCUCAUCAAUGACGAGGAAGAGCAACAACAAUAUAUGGAAAUUUCAUAUCGAUAUUCAGAACGUGGACACAUUGUUCAUACUCUUGAUUUGAAAUGGUACUCACACCUUUCACUCUUCGAUUUUGUGGAACAAACAUGUUGCAAUGAAUAUAAAUUACCUCUCUAUUUAAAAGAUAGUCUCACUUUUCAAUUAUUGGAAUUAAUUCGAGAACGUAAAAUCAUCAAGAAUGAUCAAAUUGUGGAUGAAUUUUAUUAUGAAGAUGAUGAUUUAGAAGAUGAUGAUUUAGAAGAUGAUGACGACCACUCGGAAUUGGCCAUGAAAAAAGAGUCUCACAAUGACAUGGAACGACAACAAGAACACGUGGAAGAAAAAUUGAACAUCCACCACAACGACCAUGUCCAUCCAAACGCAUUAUUGGGUGAUCAUGAUGACAUCAUGGAAACAAUUUCACCAUUGCCCAUUCAGGACACUUCCAAAUUUUAUCGUCUCUUUCAUUCGAGUUAUGUGAAUCAAAUUUAUUUGGUAAAAAUUGCAAAUGAUUUAAGAUGUGCCUAUCAAGAUAAAAUUAAAAGUAGAGAGACAGAAAUUAGUGAAAUUCAGAAAGUUCAUCGCGAUGGAAUGGAACAGAAAAUGACCAUGGAACGAAAUGAUCAAUUACAAGUCAUGGUCUUGGAGCACAUAAAACAAUUAGAACAAUUAGAAGAGAAAUGGAACGAAGAGUUACGAGAAUUGUACAAAGAAAUGAUCACUGCUUUUUGGAAGUUUGUUUCAGACCUCGACAAGGAAGAUGUCAUUUCAAAUCGAUCCAAAACGAAAGCAAAUCUUGUCAAAAGUAAGGAAGAUUUAUUGUUUCCAGGUUUUCGUUUGAUGGAACCCCGUGGAAAACAAUUUGAAUUACUUUUGAGAAAUGAAUUGCAAGGAGAAAAGUAUUCCAUUCAGAAUGCAUCCAACAAAUUCGAACAUCUUUCUUCAUUUAUUCGAAAAUUUUCCAUUCGAUUUAAAAAGAAGAGAAACUCACCAAAAACGACCACCUCACAAGAUCCAUGGACUGUAUUGGAGACAUUUGAUGCCAUCGAUAGCCCACAACCAAUGUCCAUGAUGACGGAAAAACAUGGCAAUGUCACAACAUCCUCCGAACAAGAAGCCACACGUAAAAAGCUGAAUGAAAUCAAACGAAUGAUGAAACGCAUCUUUAGAGAUGGACGUACUCUUACUGACAUUCCGAGACUCAUUCAAAAUGAGAGAUUUCAUUGCAUUUCUAUUUACAAAAAAAUUGAGAGAAUAUAUUUGGAGAACGAUGAUUUGUAUAGUCCCUAUGAUGAUUCCUAUGUGUUCAUUGAGGAUGAUGCUGAUUCUGAAUUGUAUAAAGAUGACAGUACACGACGCUUGUGUGGAAGAGUUUUUAUCAUUUAUACAGCUGAUAUGAGUGAUUGUAUUUGUAGAAAUUUUAAGAAGGAUGAAGAGGAGCGUGACUGUGAAGAGGAUUACAUUCUAUUCAAAGCAAGACAAACCUAUAACUUGUAUCAAUCGAGACUUUCUGCACUUGUGGUGAAUUGUUGUAUUCAAAAGAGCUCGAUCGUUGAAAACGACCAAGCUUUGCAUCAGGAAGCGAAUGCAGCCUCACUGAUGUCAUACAAGCAAUAUUACUCUCCAACAUUGACAUGGGCCAUGCGAGAUAUGGAGAGAAUAUUAUUUGAGGCCAACCAUGCACAAGGACCAGAUUUUCAUUUUCCAUCGUUUGACGAGCAAAUAAGACAAGUCAGGGAAAACAUUCAGUCCUGUGCAACUAGUAGUGGCUAUGAUGGAAGUGGGAAUGAUCAUGAAACAACUCCCAAGCUAGGAGAUUAUUUCAUUACCAAACAUUCUAAUUUGAGUUAUGCAAAUUUAAUUUUUCACCUCGUUUCGCAGAGCGAUUAUACUUCUAGUAGUAGCAGCAACAACCUUGAAAAUACCAACGAACAAGAAUAUGAACAAAUCAUGAAUGGCUAUUCGAAAAUUAUGGAUGAUUGCAAAGAAAUGGGAAUGAGAAAUUUGGCUAUCCAAGUUCCUCUCUCGGUGACAUUCAAACAUCCAAAAUUGGGUGGAAAUCUUCCCAACGGAGACACGAUCAUUAUGCAAAUACGUGACUUGUUGAGAAUGUAUCUCACUAAGCAGAAGGAGCAUGGAGCUUGGUUUUUGCCAAAUCUCUUUAUCUACUGUCCAAAGAAUCCAAAACAUUCCAGCGGAGACUUUCAAUGUCAGUGUCACUACAUGCUCAUGCAAGAAACCGAUAACAUUUUGCAUUAUAGUUCCGAGAGUCAUGGCGAAGAAUCAUACAAUGAGAAUGAGGAUUUACACAAGUACAUGGUUGAGCCAUUCUACAAGUCCUUUCUGAAUUCAAAUGUACAACUUCCUCCUGCCUGGAUCAAACUCUAG